AUGACAGUUAAUGAUAAGCUUCAAACUCAAGAUAGACUCCUCAAACAUGAGAUUAUUCAAGGUUCUGUGUGUAAGCUAUGUGAUGAUUCUGCAGAGAGCAGAAAUCACCUCUUUUUUGAGUGCAAAUUAUCAAAUGCUGUGUGGAAUGGUAUUAUGGAGUGGCUCAAAUUCAAAUGGAGAUCAUGUGACUGGUCUACACUUUUGAAUUGGUACUGUUUUAGGUUGAAAGGCAAAGGAUUUAAGCAGAAAACCAAAAGGAUGGCUCUGGCUGCAGCAGUGUAUAACAUUUGGAGAGAAAGGAAUAACAGGAUUUUCCAGCUGAAGUGUAAAACUCCUGAUGCUAUAAUCAAGGAUAUUAAGAUGGAUAUUUUUGUUGCUAUCUUAAAUGGUUCCCCUUCGGCUGAAGACAGAGAGUGGAUUCUAUCACUGUAA